AUGUCUUCCCCGAAACCACUCCCAACACCGCGCCCUCACGUCUCUGAGAUGUGGAUCCAACGACGAAACUGCGACUGCUCCGACCAUGAAACAAUCCGCGCGAGCUCCAAAUUGCACCACCGCGUACCAAGGAUCUUACGACCACCACCCGCAAUCGAACGCUGUCAACUCACACAUCUCGGCGUCACCACUCGCAAAACUGGUCCAAAUGAACCGAAACCACGCGAAUUGACGAAAGCCGCACAGCCGCGAGACCCCCUUCCCAGACUUGUCUAUGUAGACAUAAAAUAUUGUCGUCGAUUAAUAGUGUUUGUCAGUCCCAACAACUUGGAUUUUAUUGAAUGGUAG